AUGGAGUCUCGAGAGAAGUCAACGGAAUGGGCUCUCCUUUUCCCACUGAAGGCGGGUCUGUUCGCGAUGAAGUCCUCCCUGUCCUCGAGGAGCGUGAACCGAGAGAAAGAACGGGUGGCGAAGAAGAACGAAUUAUUGAAGCCUAGAAUACGUCGUGGAUCCUCGUUGUCGGAUCUGGACAAGCUCCAAAAUAAACCGGAUGUGGCCAGAUCGACGGAGAAAUGCUCCGAGUCCCUUCCACACUCGCCCGCCUUGUCGAGAACGAAUCUUCAGUCGGGGAAUCUGUACGUGAGGGGCAGCAUAGGGGAUCUGAUGAACAUGAAGAAGUACGGGGCGUCCACGUGGAGCGUGAGAAGCGAAAGUUUGAUCGCGAGGGUUGUGCCUCUGAGCACCGUGACCCCGAGGCAGAGCCCGCCUCGAGAGAAAAGCGAGCCGGAGGAUCUCGAGGACGAGAUGCAGGACGACUUUCACGUGUCCGACAAACCUUUGACAUGCGCCCAAAGAACGCAGAGGCUCAGCAAACUCAUCAAGAAGCACAGGCGGAUAAUGGUGUUCAGCCCUAGAAGCGUGAAGCGAGAUCUCUACCUUUUUUUCUGUUCAAAUCCCAUCCAAAAAUCGCGUCGAAAUUGUUGCAUGAGUGAAAUCGUGGAUCGCAG